GAGCGCAAGCCCCUUUCUGGCGCCUGGGAGGGGAGCCAGCAAGCAACAAGGGGGGUGAGCUUCGCUCAGGGAAGUUGGCUGGCGAGUUGGUGGACUGCCCUGGCUGCAAGGCUAGCAGGAAACCAGCAGAAGAAUCAUGAUUUUCAGAUGCAGUCAAAUCUUGCUGAUUAAAAAUUAAGCAGCGAAGACUUGAAUUCAAAUGUAUUUAUGUAAAUCACACCCAUCAUGCAUUACUUAAAAUGGACCGUUCAUAUCUUCACAAGUGCAUGGUGGCUGGUGAUCAUUGUUUCGUCACUCCAGACAGUUUAUGGGGGCGAAUAUUCAUAUCUUGGUCGCUGUGGUGGACGGGAUUGCUCAAUUUGUCCAUGCUUUCUUGAAAAAGGAUCAAGGGGACAACCUGGACAGCCGGGACCACAAGGUCCAAUUGGGGCCCUGGGUCCUGUAGGUCCAAUUGGUUUGCCAGGAGAAAAAGGCCAGAGAGGUGAUGUUGGUCGGCCUGGGUCUGCUGGAGAAAGAGGCGACAUGGGUGCUACUGGAGUCCCAGGAUUUUCAGGUGUAGAUGGUGUGCCUGGGUUACCAGGACCAGAAGGACUGAGAGGUCAGCCUGGCUUGGAUGGGUGCAAUGGCUCAAGGGGAGAUCCAGGAUUUCCUGGGGAAGCUGGGCGAAUUGGACCAAGAGGCCCAUUUGGAUUUCCUGGGGAAAAGGGAGAAAAAGGAAAUCCCAUAUACAUUACUGAAUUCAUCAGAGGACCUCCUGGAGAAAGAGGAGACGCUGGACCCCGUGGCCUGCCUGGCCCUAGAGGAGAAAGGGGGCCAAGAGGUCCACUUGGUUUCCCAGGCCAACCAGGCGUACAGGGCUCGCAGGGUCUACCUGGUUUGGCUGGUGAACAGGGAAACCCUGGUACUGGAGUAGAAGGACAAAAAGGGGAACCGGGUGAUGUUGGACCUCCUGGAUCUCCUGGGCAGCCAUUAUUGGUAGGACCUCCUAGUUCUGAGCUGUUAAAGGGAGAAAAGGGUGUAAAAGGAAUGCCUGGAUCCAUGGGCCCGAGAGGACUCCCUGGCCGCAAAGGCUUACUUGGAAAUGGACAGAAGGGUGAAAAGGGGAGUCCUGGUUUUCCUGGAAUGCGGGGGAGUCCUGGUGGUUAUGGAUCUCCAGGUUUUCAAGGAACCAAGGGUGAACCUGGAAUUUCUGGAUUUCCUGGACCAGAUGGUUUUCAAGGGAAUAAGGGAGAUCCAGGAGACAAUGGGCUGCCAGGUCCACCGGGACCUCGAGGAACACCACGUCCUGGGAUAAAAGGCAUUCGUGGGGAUCCUGGUGACCCUGGAUCUUCUGGAGAUGUGGGAACAGAUGGAUUGAUAGGUCCUCCUGGUGUUACAGGAAAGCAAGGGGAAGACGGAGCCAGUCUCCCUGGUCCCAAAGGUACACUAGGAGUACAAGGUCCACAAGGAUUUCAAGGUGACCCUGGAUUCCCUGGCAUAUCUGAAACAGUUCCAGGAAAACCAGGAGCUCAAGGAUUUCCAGGCUUCCCUGGAGUACGAGGAAAGCAGGGCUUGCCUGGACCACCUGGUGUGGCUUGCAGUGGAAGAGGAGCUCCUGGGCAGGCAGGGACUAAAGGUCAAAGGGGGCAACCUGGAGAAAGCGGUGCAAAAGGAGAGAAAGGCAAUCCAGGAAGCUGCUCCUGUGGUCCAGGUCCAUAUGGUGCACUUGGAAUACGAGGUCCACCAGGAGUUCCAGGAAGAAAAGGAGAGGCGGGAUUUCCUGGAAGAAGUGGAAGAAAAGGUGAUCCAGGUUCCCCUGGGGCAAUAGGACAACCAGGCCCCUCAGGAAUACCAGGUACAUCAGGGCUGGAUGGUGAAAAAGGAGAUAAGGGUGACCCAGCUAGAAUAAGGAUCAAGGGGAUCAAAGGACAAAGAGGCCUCCGAGGGGAACCUGGAUUUCCAGGGGAAAAUGGCAUUCCUGGCCGUGAUGGAGAACCAGGUUUGUCUGGUGAAAAGGGGUUUAAGGGUGCUGAUGGAAGAGCUAUACCUGGUGAGAAGGGCUUUCCUGGUGCUCCUGGACUUCCUGGCUCAAGGGGACCUAUGGGAUCAGCAGGUUUUGGGAUUCAGGGCCCACAGGGUGUCCAAGGUCAACCAGGGGAUCCGGGAAACCCUGGUAUGAGAGGACCACCUGGCCCUAAGGGUCAAAAAGGUACCACUCCUCCAUAUACAAGGGCAAAUGGAGGGAAUCCGGGUGCUCCUGGUAUUAAAGGCAGUGCAGGUCCAAAAGGUUUGAAGGGGCAACCUGGACGUCCUGGUCCUAAUGGUUUUGAUGGGCUCAAAGGUCGACAAGGUAGACCAGGAGUAUCAAACAUUCCUGGCCCAGAAGGUUUAAGGGGUGAAACCGGUGAUCCUGGAGAAAAUGGUGAAGCCGGUUUAAGGCUAGAUGGUGCUCCUGGAUUGCCAGGUCCUACUGGGCUUGAUGGUCCAAAAGGUGUUCCAGGUGAUAUCAGUUAUGGUCCUCCAGGGAUACCAGGUAUCAGAGGCCUUCCUGGAUUGCCAGGAUUAUCAGGAAACCAAGGUGACUCCGGUUUUGCUGGGCUUCAAGGACAGCCAGGUACUCCAGGAUUUCCAGGAGCGAAAGGUCUAAGAGGUAGAAAAGGUGACAUAGGAACCAUGGGAGACCCUGGCUCACCUGGGCCACCUUGUGAAAAUGGCUUGCAGGGACCUCCAGGACCACCGGGCUCUUUUGGACCACCAGGUUCUAGAGGUUUGCAGGGCAUCAAAGGUCCACCAGGAGAUAUGGGUGCACCAGGUCCAGCUGGGAUGAAAGGUAUGCCAGGAGUUCCUGGAACACAAGGAUCACCAGGGCCUCCAGGUUUAAGAGGAAAUCCAGGACUUCCAGGGGAAAAUGGAUUGCCAGGCCUUCCAGGGCAGAAAGGGAGCAAAGGGUCCAAAGGCAUGCAAGGUUUUCCAGGGUUCCCAGGAAGUGAUGGAGAAAUGGGAGCGCCUGGUAUGAAAGGGGAAGAAGGACAAACAGGUUUGCGUGGUCCUCCUGGAGAAUAUGGUGUUAUUGGCUCCAAAGGAGAGAGAGGACUGCCAGGAGAGGAUGGUGUUAUUACUGUAUUGAUAGAGAAGGGAGGAAAAGGGGAAGCAGGUCUCCCUGGUGAGGAUGGCUUACCAGGAGUACAAGGUGACAAAGGCAGCCCUGGAUUUCAAGGAAUCCCAGGAUUGCCAGGCAGAGAUGGACGUCCAGGAACCGAAAAAGGCAAACCAGGUGAUGUUGGGGAGCUUGGUUUUCAAGGCCUCCCAGGCCUUCCAGGGUCUGCAGGACUGAGAGGAAUAAUUGGGUUUCAAGGACGGCAAGGUGACCAGGGUGCACAGGGAUUGCCUGGCAUUCCAGGAAGUCCGGGACUUGAUGGUGAAAAGGGGUCUAAAGGGGCCAGAGGUGAUCCAGCUAUUAACAUUGGCCAGCCUGGUAACAAGGGCCCUAUGGGAGACCCAGGAUUACCAGGUCUUAAUGGAUUACCAGGAGAUCAAGGAAUACCAGGUGGCCAAGGGGAGCCGGGCAGCCAAGGAUCCAAAGGAUUACCUGGAUAUCCAGGAACACCUGGCUUCCCAGGUGCUCAGGGGGUUGCCGGCUUACCAGGGGUUCCAGGAGAAAAAGGCAAUCCUGGACUUUUGGGGUCUCCUGGUUCGCCUGGAUUACCUGGCAGCCCAGGUAGAAAAGGUCUUUUAGGAUUGCGUGGAUUAAAUGGUCUAAAUGGACUACAGGGUCAAAAAGGAUUGACAGGCACACCAGGUUUAAAUGAAAUGGGACCUCCAGGAUGCAGAGGAGAACCUGGACCAAAAGGCAACAGAGGAGAACCAGGGCUACCAGGAUCCUCCAGUCCAGGUCCCCCUGGAGACAUGGGCUUCUUAGGUCCUCCUGGUAGGCCAGGUGUUUCUGGACCUGCAGGCCUCAUGGGCCAGGCUUCUGAAAACAUACUUCCUGGACCUCCAGGGGACCAAGGAUCUCCUGGAAUAGAUGGCAUGAGAGGGGCUCCCGGCAAACCUGGCCCUCCAGGAAACACUAUACUUGUUAAAGGAGAUCCAGGUGAUUGUGGGACUUUUGGCCCACCUGGGGCUCCUGGCCCAACUGGGAAAAUGGGAGCAAAAGGUAUUUCAGGAAAUCAAGGAAGAGAAGGUGUGAAAGGUCCAAUGGGAAACCCUGGUCCACAAGGGCCUCGUGGUGCCUCUGGUGAGCCUGGGGACCAAGGCUUUAGAGGAUUACCUGGUCCUUUGGGGCCUAAAGGUGAUCCAGGCGAAGAUGGGAAAGUGGAUUAUUCUUCAUGUCCCAGGAUUCCAGGGCCUCCUGGAGUAUUAGGCCCAAGAGGAUCGCCUGGCCCCAUGGGCGUAAGAGGCCCAACAGGUUUCCCUGGCCCACCAGGAAUGAAAGGAGAAGAAGGCUUUAUAGGUCAGCCUGGUCAGAGUGGCUUGCCUGGGCCUCCAGGACCUUAUGGUGAUCAGGGUGACAUAGGAGAAAAGGGAUACAUUGGGCUGAGGGGUCUUCCAGGCCCAACUGGAAUGCCAGGACCCCCAGCACCUGAAACAAGAAUUGCUACUGGAUUCCUAAUUGUUCUUCAUAGUCAGUCAGAUGUAGUACCACUUUGCCCGGAGGGAAUGUCAAGACUAUGGACUGGAUACAGCCUGUUGUACUUUGAAGGGCAGGAGAAGGCCCAUAAUCAAGAUCUUGGUUUGGCAGGAUCUUGUCUUCCUGUGUUUAGUACCAUGCCUUUUGCCUACUGCAAUAUCAACCAAGUCUGCUACUAUGCAAGUCGAAAUGAUAAGUCAUAUUGGCUGUCAACUGCAGCUCCUUUGCCCAUGAUGCCCCUCUCUGAUGAAGAAAUAAAACCUUACAUUAGCAGAUGUGCAGUAUGUGAAGCUCCUUCUCAGGCUGUUGCUGUUCAUAGUCAAGACCAAUCCAUUCCUCCUUGUCCAUCAAACUGGAGAAGUCUUUGGAUAGGCUACUCAUUUUUAAUGCACACUGGAUCUGGAGACCAGGGAGGUGGACAGUCUCUCAUGUCAACUGGAAGCUGCCUUGAAGACUUCAGAUCAACACCUUUCAUUGAGUGUCAGGGUCAGCGAGGAACAUGUCACUUUUUUGCCACUGCGCACAGCUUCUGGCUAACUACAGUAAAACCGGAGCUGCAGUUCUCAUCAUCUCCAGUCUCAGAGACUCUCAAAGACGAGCGAAAACAACGACAAAACACAGGCAGAUGUCAGGUCUGCAUGAAAUACAGUUAGGAAAACUAAAUAUUUGCCAAAAGGAAAAAAAAUACCCACAAAGGAUAGUGUACUAAGUUGUCCUAUGGUUGCAAAUGGUGCUAAUUCUUCAGUUUUUAUGUGAAAAUAUGGAAUAACUGUCCAGGGGCUUUAAGUCAGGUGGACUAUGGAUAUAAAUUCUUUUUCAUUUUCUGUGCAGCCAUAUCCUAUGAAUCCCGGUACUCCCUUAGCUGUCAGCAACGACUAGGCUGACACUGUUGAAAGUGGAAGAGGACCACAGCUACCCACUUUUCGCCUCUUGGGUUUUCUAGACAAGACUUUUAUCGUGCAGUUGCCUUGCUUUGUUCUCAUUUUAUUGUCGGGGUGGGGUGGGGUGUUGAAUAGUUUUUCACCUGUCACCAUACUGUUGGUCCUCCCUUUCAUUCUCUCAUAGAAAUCUCUUAAGGAUCAAAAGAUGAAAUAACAACACAAUGUUUGAAUUUUCCUCCAUCUCAAAGUGUCACCUCCACUUUCUCCAACAGUGAGUGGAAACAGAGGAAUCACAAUGCUUUGCUUCUCUUCUUUUGCAAUUCAUGGGCCCCUUCCACACAGCUGAAUACCAUCCCACAUUUUCUGCUUUGAAAUAGAAUAUAUGACUCAGAUAAUCCAAUUCAAAGCAGAUAUUGUAGGAUUUUCUGCCUUGAUAUUCUGAGUUAUAUGGCUGUGUGGAAGGGCCCGUGGAUGACAAGUUCUACUUAUACUACUGGUAAAGUUUCUCUAUGAGAUAAGCAAGAAACCGAGACAGAAUAAUCCCUGUAUUUGUCAAGUUUAAACAGUAGCUCCAAUGGGCAGCAAAAUAUCAAAUCUUCAGAGAAUGCUGAGAGCAUAAUGGCCAAUAUUCAAUACUAGAUGAGUCACAAUUAUUCUUCGUCUUAUUUAGCAAAAGUCUACCCAGAAUAAAAGACGAGAAUGA